AUGGCAGUUUCCAACGGUUCUUGGUCCGUCGGUGAUGCGGAUCAAGAAGAAGCAGCACGAAAAGAGUUUGAAAUUUGGCCGCUUGAUGAGAGCAACGUUAAACUAUUGAAUCAAGUUCAUCCAAGAACCUAUAAAUCCACGGACGAACCUCCUGAAGUUUACGAUUUGAUUGCCAUUGGAGCUGGAGCAGGCGGUCUGGUCAGUUCCAAGCAGGCUGGUCGCCGGGGUGCCAAAUCUGCAAUGAUCUCGGAAAAGCUAGCAGGAGGUGAUUGUCUCAAUGUCGGCUGUGUUCCCUCCAAGGCACUGAUUCGAUCUGCACGAGCCAUGAAAGAAGUGUCACGAGCUGCUGAAUUUGGAAUCCAUUUGGAAAAUGUUAAACUAGACUUCGGAGCCGUCAUGAAACGGGUACGGGAGUUACGAGCCAAGAUUGCUCCAGUAGAUGGUCAUGAAGCCACAGAAGCUGCUGGUACCAAUGUCUUUCAGGGUCGAGGAAGGUUGACUGGACCAAACACACUGGAAGUCAAUGGACAAACACUAAGAUUCAAAGUCUGCGUCCUUGCCACGGGUGGAAGGCCAGCUGUUCCAAAAAACAUUCCAGGAUUACUAGGAGCGCCUUAUACAACCAAUGAACAACUUUUCAAUCUCCAGGAGCUACCGCCAAGGAUGGUGAUUCUUGGUGCCGGUGUGAUUGCUCUCGAAAUGGCUCAGUCAUUUGCUCUGUUGGGUUCCAAGGUGACUGUCGUCAACCGAUCGUCAAGACUUUUUGCGUCGAAGGGGGGUGAUGCAGAAGCAGCAGAAAUAUUGCAAAACGAAUUGGAAAAAGACGGUGUCAUCUUCCUCAGCGACGCCACUGUCUCACAAGUUGAAACGAUAAAAGGAAGUGCCGAUCCAUCGUCCUUUCCACUCAUGAAAAUCAAGGUGGCGGAUCAAGAACUCGAUUGCGAGUGUCUUCUCGUGGCCACGGGACGAGCCGCCAAUAUUGAAGAUCUUGGAUUGGAGGCUGCGGGAGUAGACUUUGUUCCUGGCAAAGGCAUUUCAGUGAAUGACUUUGGUCAGUCAGUCUCCAAUCCAUCCGUGUAUGCUGUUGGUGACUGUGUGGCCAAUGUUCCCAGAUUGACACACAUGUCGGGAGAAAUGGCCAAGGUAGUAGUGCAGAAUGGCUUGGCCGGAGAUGAGUGGAGACUGAGUAGCUUUGUUGUACCGGCUGUUGCUUAUACCGAACCUGAAUUUGCUACUGUUGGAAUAAUGUCUCAAGAACAAGCGGAUAAGGAAGGUAUCGAGGUGGACGUCUAUCGUGCCGGCCUGGAGCACAACGAUCGAGCCAUUCUGGAGAGCUCGAACGUUGGAUUUGUCAAGAUUGUCACCAAAAAGGACAGCGAUGAAAUCUUGGGAGCCACCAUUGUGGCUGAUCGCGCUGGAGAUAUCAUCAAUGAGAUAUCCUUGGCGAUGAAAGAGAAGAUUGGCCUGCGAUCUCUCGGUCGUAACAUACACUCCUAUCCUACGACUGGUGAGGCCGUCCAAGGAUGUGGACUUCAGUUUAUCAAUAAAAGUUGGACAAGAUUUGACCAAGUCUAG